GCUCUCUCUCUCUCUCUCUCUUUCUUUCUCUUUGGUGUGUCCAACAAUAUGACUCUACUCACCUUAUUUCCCUUGCUUUACUGUGUCUUUGUCCUCACUAUAACUUAUAACCCAGUUACCAGCUUUACCUCUCCAACCCCAUCUCCAGCCAAAGUGUGCACACUUCAAAACAGCUUUCAGCCAGCCUUUGUGGCCAGGGGUGACUAUGUUAUUGGGGGGAUCUUCCCCCUUCACUAUAACCAAGAGAUGCCAGACCUCAACUGCACCUACAGACCCCCGCCAGUGAACUGCAAUGGCUUUGAUCCCAGGGCUUUCCGCUGGGUUCAGACUAUGAGGCUGGCAGUGGAGGAGAUAAACCAGAGUACAGAGCUAUUGCCCAAUUACACCCUUGGAUACAAAAUCUUUGAUUCAUGCGCAUAUCCACUGACGGGACAGAGGGCUGCUAUGGCUGUGUUGAACGGGCUGAACGAGGAUGACACUCCCCUGUGCAGCGGUGCCUCUCCGCUUCUCGCUGUGAUUGGGGAAUCUGGUUCUGCUCAGUCAAUUGUAGUGUCAAGAAUCCUGCAGCCUUUCAGAAUCCCAAUGAUCAGUUACUUUUCUUCAUGUGCAUGUUUCUCUGACAGAAGAAAAUAUCCUACAUUCUUCAGGGUGAUCCCUAAUGAUGACUAUCAGGUGACAGCCAUUGCUCAGCUGCUGGUACGCUUUAACUGGACAUGGGUGGGACUGGUGCGAGGGGACCAUGAAUAUGGGCGCUUUGCUGUGCAAGGUCUACUAAGAGAAUUACAGGAUACCAAAGUAUGUGUAGCAUACCAAGAAAUGAUCCCUCUGCUCUACAAUCGCCAGAGGGCUCUGGAGAUAAUUGAGGUGAUGCGUAGUUCUUUGGCAAAAGUGGUGGUGGUAUUUUCAGCCGAGGGGGAGAUGACACCUUUCUUGAGAGAUUACAUGAUACAGAACAUCACUGGAAUCCAAUGGGUGGCCAGUGAGGCCUGGGUCACAGCAUCUGUCUUUACAGGGAGCGAGUAUUACCCCUACAUGGGGGGCACCAUUGGGUUUGGCAUCAGGAAAGGUCAUAUAUCCAGACUCAGUGACUACCUCCAGACAGUAAACCCUCAGAUGUAUCCAAAUAAUCUUUUGGUUAAGGAACUGUGGGAGGCUCUGUAUGGUUGCAAGCCUUCUUUGUCCUCUAGCACCCAAUUACCUCUCUGCACAGGGCAGGAGUCCCUGUUGGAGCAGCAUUCGGCCUACAUGAAUACAUCCAGCCCUAGAGUGGCAUACAAUGUCUAUAAGGCUGUAUAUGCAAUUGCUCAUUCCCUCCACAACCUUCUUCUCUGUCAACCAGGCAGUGGGCCUUUUCAAAACAACUCAUGUGCUCAAAGCAACAACAUACACCCCUGGCAGCUCCAAUACUACCUCCAAGAAGUGACAUUUAACAUUGCCGGGGAGGAGGUGAACUUUGACCUGAAGGGCGACUCCAUACCCUAUUAUGAUAUCAUCAACUGGCAGAGAGGCACAGGCGGAAACAUUGAGUUUGUCAACGUGGGGUUGUUUGAUGGAACCAAGCCUGCUGGAGAGGAACUGGUGAUCCAGGAAGACAGGAUCAUUUGGGCAGGGCAUCAGAGUGAGGUGCCAGUGUCUGUAUGCAGUGCCAGCUGUCUUCCAGGGUCCCGGAAGGCUGUCCGUCGUGGGGAGCCUGUUUGCUGCUUUGACUGUGUACCAUGUGACAGUGGCAAAAUUAGCAAUCAGACAAACUCAAUAGAGUGCACAUUUUGUCCGGAGGACUUCUGGUCAAACAAAGACAGAACAGCCUGCAUCCCCAAGGAGGUGGAGUUCUUGGCUUAUGAUUCCUUGGGUAUAGCCCUGACAGUGAUCUCUGUGGUGGGUGCCUGCCUCACUAUGGCUGUCUUUGCAGUCUUUUUCCAUCAUAGAAACACAGCCAUUGUUCGUGUGAAUAACUCUGAACUCAGCUUCUUCAUCCUUUUUGCACUGACUCUGUGUUUCCUGUGUUCCCUGAUGUUCAUUGGAGAGCCAACACCUUGGUCCUGCAUGCUGCGCCACACUGCCUUUAGCAUUACAUUUUCACUUUGCAUCUCGUGCAUUCUGGGGAAGACUCUGGUGGUGUUGGCUGCUUUUACUGCCACCAGGCCAGGGGACAACAUCAUGAAGUGGCUGGGGCCCAAGCAGCAGAGGUUCAUUAUUUUCAGUUGCACUCUGGUUCAGGUGGUUAUCUGUGCUGCCUGGCUCAUUGAUGCUCCUCCUUUUCCAUCCCGAAAUACACAAUAUGAACGCUCAAAGAUCAUACUGGAGUGUAGCGUUGGCUCCAGCCUCGCAUUCUGGUGUGUUCUAGGAUAUAUUGGUCUACAGGCCUGUCUGUCCUUCGUCCUGGCUUUUCUGGCCCGUAAGUUACCAGGAAACUUCAAUGAGGCCAAGUUCAUCACUUUUAGCAUGCUGAUCUUCUCUGCUGUGUGGCUAGCAUUCAUCCCUGCUUAUAUCAGCUCACCUGGAAAUUAUGCAGACGCAGUGGAGUCAUUUGCCAUUUUGGCGUCCAGCUUUGGCUUGUUGUUCUGCCUCUUUGCUCCAAAGUGUUACAUUAUUUUACUGAAACCAGAGAAGAAUACAAAACAGCACCUGAUGGGAAAAUAAAACAAGUAACAUCACAUAACUUAAAAUAUUUUAGAAAUAUUAUAUUUAAAGUUAUUUAAACAUAGUCCUCACAAUUUAUGGUUUAUUUCAUAUUUGCAAUGACGAGUUGUAGGCAAGUGGUAUUGCAGCAUUGCAACUGUUCUUUUCUGAGGCUGAGGAGUUUCUGAGGCUCAUUUUGUUGGGAAAAGGAUUUCUGCUAAUCCUCUACACUGCUACACCGGUGAAUUUUCAUUUUGAACUGAUCCCAGGUUAAUGGGUUUAGAAGUGUACAAACUAGAGAAGACAAAUCUAUAAUAAUUAAGCUAUUAUUGAUUAAACCAUGCCCAAUGACUGUGACAUUUGCAAAAUACUGUAUGCUAAGCAGGCUCUUGAGGUAAGUAAGUGGUGAUUUUCAGUUAUUACUUAAAGGUCCAGUGUGUAACAUUUAGGGUCUAUUGGCAAAAAUGUAAUAUAAUAUUAGGGGGUAUGUUUUCAUUAGUGUAUAAUCAUCUGAAAAUAAGAAUCGUUUUUGUUUUUAUUUACAGAGGGAGUGGGUCCUCCUCUAUAAAGUCCACCAUGUUGAAACACCAUGUUUCUAUGGUAGCUCAGAAUGGACAAACCAAACACUGGCUCUAAAUCGAGCCUUUAGCAUUUUACACGAGUUUGGCAGGCACCAUAGUCUCUCUUUCCUGCUUGAUUUAGUCAAAGGGUUCAGGGUAACACUUUAUAAUGAGUACACACUAUUAAGCAUUAGUUAAGCAUGAAUAAAUACUGAAUUCAUCAUUUAUAACACAUGAAUACACAUUAGUAUGUAGUUUAUAAACACAGUUAAAAAUGUUUUAUUCAUCAUUGAUAAGCACAUUAGUUAUGGAUUAGUAAAUACUGAAUUCAUCAUUUAUAAAGCAUGUUUCUGCUGUAAA